AUGCACUGCACGCUGUCGGGUGCAUUCGCGAAGGCAGAUAGAGCGGGGCACUCCUUUUUGCUCGCGAUCACGACACCGGUAACGACUUCCUCGCAAACGGUGCGAGUGCAGCGAGCGAGCGUUCGACGUACUAGUGACACGGACGCUAAGCCGAAGCUGCACAAAGCACCUGCAAACACGUUUGCCGUAAUAAAUCACCUGCUGAGGCGGAAGCAUAGCAUCUGCCGGCUGAGCCCACAAUGGAGACAACCG